AUGUGGGAGCAGGUCAGGAGAGCCAUGCUGAGCCUGCUGUCCAGCACCUUUCUGCAUUUCUGGAAAUGGGUGCAGGCUUUCUGGGAGAAAAAUGGCCUCUUGUCCAUGUCGAUGCUGUCAGUUGCUACUGGGUGCAUCCUGGGAUUCCUGCUGCGGGCACUGGAGCUGACGGAUCUGGCAAAGCAGUAUUUUUCCUUUCCUGGGGAGCUCCUCAUGAGGAUGUUGAAGAUGCUGAUCCUGCCCUUGAUCACUUCCAGCCUCAUGUCCGGGCUGGCCACCAUGGACUCCAAGGCCUGUGGAAAGAUGGGGUUAAUCACCAUCACCUACUACCUUUGGACAACCUUCUUGGCAGUGACCGUUGGGAUCAUCCUCGUGGUCAUCAUCCACCCUGGAGCAGCUGCCCAGAAGGAUGACUACUCCGUGGGGAAAGUGGUGAUGAGCUCUGCUGAUGCUUUGCUGGAUUUAAUCCGAAACAUGUUUCCUUCCAACCUCAUUGAAGCUUCCUUCCAGCAGUACCGAACGGUUAUUGUCCCAGUGGUGAAGUCUCCCAAAGGCUUUCCAAAGAUCCCAGGGAAAGCUUUCAGUUUUAUUUACUUUGCACCUGAUGAUGAAAACCCUGAAAUUCAUCGACCUGUGUUCCUGGAGCUGACACCAGCACCUGAGAUGACCUACAGGACCCUUCCUGGCAGCAGCAACGAGAUGAACGUCUUGGGAAUUGUCAUCUUCUCAGCAACAAUAGGACUUCUCCUGGGAAAAAUGGGUGAGCGAGGAGCUCCACUGGUUAACGUGUGCCAGUGUCUGAAUGAAGCAGUCAUGAAAAUUGUCUCGAUGGCAGUUUGGUACUUCCCCUUUGGCAUUGUGUUUCUCAUUGCUGGAAAGAUCCUGGAGAUGGAAGAUCCAGCGGUUAUCGGGCAGAAGCUGGGGCUCUAUGCCAUUACAGUGGUAUCAGGGCUUGCCAUCCAUGGACUUGUCCUCUUACCUCUGCUUUUUGUGCUCAUCACCAGGAAAAACCCCUUUGCUUUCAUCCAGGGAAUACUGCAAGCCUUGCUGAUUGCCUUGGCUACAUCUUCCAGCUCAGCAACCUUGCCCAUCACCCUGAAGUGUCUUCUGGAAAACAAUGGGAUAGACAGACGAGUGGCACGAUUUGUCCUCCCCGUUGGUGCCACCAUCAACAUGGAUGGCACAGCUCUGUACGAAGCAGUCGCUGCCAUCUUCAUCGCCCAGGUCAAUGAGUAUGACCUGGAUUUGGGACAAAUUAUAACAAUAAGCAUAACAGCCACAGCAGCAAGCAUCGGGGCAGCUGGGAUCCCCCAGUCCGGGCUGGUGACCAUGGUCAUUGUGCUGACUUCUGUGGGGCUGCCAACUGAAGACAUCACCCUCAUCGUUGCUGUGGACUGGGCUCUGGAUCGGUUUCGAACCAUGACCAACGUCCUUGGGGAUGCUCUGGCCGCUGGCAUCAUCGCCCAUGUCUGUGAGAAAGACUUUGCCCCCAAGCCCCCCAUGCAAGAUCCAGCAAGCAACACGGAUAAAUACCCUUCUGUGGAGACCUCUCAUCUGCAUCCCAAAGACAGCAUGAUUGAAAUUAUUGAAGAAAGUUUGUUGGAAACUGGAGCUCAUUAUAACAUCUGUCAGGUGUAG